CUUGUAUAUACCAGUUUUACCCAUUGGUACAAUUGCGCUAGAAAAGUCGCUUCUUAAUCGACCACUUAUUUGCGUAGGUAUAAAAACACAAUAUUUCAGAAGACACAUCUACAGAGCAUUCAGUGCAUCGACAUUCUUGCAACUGCUUUAUCAAUGUAUCGUUGGAGAGGAAAAGUUGCUGUUGUCACCGGUGCCGCAGGUGGCAUUGGAUCAGCAGUGGUUGAAGAACUAUUAAAAGCAAAUUUAAAGGUUGCGGCAGUUGACAACAGUUCAAUAAAAUUAAACGAAUUAAUUAAAAAAUUCGAAAACAAACCUGAAAGUUUGCACAGUUAUGCAGUUGACGUAACCCAGGAUGAAGAAGUUGUGAAGUUUUAUCAAGAAAUUACUCAAAGUUUAGGUGCGGUUCACAUCUUGGUCAACUGUGCUGGAGUUAUUCGUCAAGAUACACUAGUUGACGGUAAAACAGAGAACUGGAAGAUCAUUCUCGACACAAACGUCUUGGGUUUGUGUGUAAUGACAAGAGAAGCGGUCAAAAUUAUGAGAGAGAACAAAAUUGAUGGUCACAUCGUUCACAUUAGUAGUGUUACUGGUCGUAAUGUACCUGACGUUCCACAACUCAACGUUUAUCCAGCUUCCAAAUUUGCAGUAAGGGCAUUAACUGAAACCUAUCGUCAAGAACUGAAUCGUUUUGGGCUUAAGAUAAAAGUUACUUGUAUUUGCCCAGGAAAAGUCAAUACUCUACUUGCGAAAACUGGUGUAGCACCUAAUAAAGCGUUUGAAGAGUCGCCUAGUUUAGAAGCUAGAGAUAUCGCAAAUUCUAUUCUCUACGUCCUUGCGACUCCACCACAUGUUCAGGUAGAUGAAAUAUGUGUUAAACCUAUUGGAGAAAUAUGGACUUGAAAAAUUAAGAACGCAUUAAUCAUUCACUUUUAUAAUGAUUCUAUAUUUAUUAUUCCACUCUUUGUAAAGAAGGAAAGAUAUACCAUCAUAUAAGUAGCUUUGUUUUCAGAUUAGAUGUGAUUUGUAGUACCCCAUGUAGUUAUUUAAUUACCCAUGGACUUACACCAAAGA